UGGGUUAUUGAUAACUUGGUUAAACACUGAAGCAGCAGUUCACUUGUUUCAGUACUCGUACAAAGUGUACCAUCGUUACUGUAUUCUGUAAAGAUUAAGAGAAGAGAGGUUCAUGCUGUACUUUGUAGUACUGGCGUCUGUCAUAGGCAGGCACAUUUGAAAGGAAAGAGGGCUGUUCGGGAUAAUAAGCGAGUUCACUAAAGUUCAUUUAACAACAGACUGUGGUUGCCAUUACGGAGAGCAGCUAACACUGUCACUGCAAACCUACUGUACAUCUGCUGCCGACUCCAGGAUCAGAUAUGUUUUCAGAGGCAUUACUGAGAAGAGGAUUGUUUUUAUGCAGGAAAGAAAACGGAGGGAUAAAAUGCCUGAUAUCGCCCUUCCUCAGCACGCGGACACACAGUACCUUGGUAGAUGGCGAUAAGCAAAAAACUAUGGAUGAUUUAGGCGGUCCUAGCUUUUUGACAUCAUUAUACUGGCUGUUUGGAAAGGGUUAUUUUCCAAAGACUCAUCAAAUGCAGAUAGAGCACAGCAAAAUCUAUGGUCCCCUUUGGAAGUCCAAAUAUGGACCACUGGUUGUUGUUAACGUGGCCCGUGCAGACCUUAUAGAAGAGGUUCUGAGGCAGGAGGGUCGCUUUCCCAUUCGCACUGAUAUGCCCCACUGGAGAGGCUAUCGACAACUUCGAAAUCAUGCUUAUGGACCCCUAACAGAGAUGGGAGUAGAAUGGCAGAAAAUCAGAAGUGUACUGAACCCUCGCAUGCUGAAGCCCAAACAUGUGUCCUCCUACACUAAUGCCAUUAAUGAGGUGGUGAGCGACUUUAUUGAGAAGCUGGCUUGGCUUAGAAAAACAAAAGGCAAUGGUGUCAUGGUGCAUGACCUGGCAGGAGAAUUGUACAAGUUCGCCUUCGAAGGGAUUUCCUCAGUGUUGUUUGAGACUCGAUUGGGUUGUCUGAAUGAGGAAGUUCCUGAGGAAACUGAGAAGUUUAUCUUCUCUGUGGGAGAAAUGUUUCGUCUUUCUCCUAUCGUAGUCCUUUUCCCCAAAUCUGUCUGGCCCUAUUUGCCUUUCUGGAAAAGUUUUGUGGCAGUGUGGGAUCAUUUGUUUAAAGUUGGGGAAGAACUGGUGCAGAAGAAGAUGGCAGAGAUUCAGGAAAGGGUGAAAGAAGGAAAGCCUGUGGAGGGAGUAUAUCUUACACACCUGCUGAUCGGCGAGCAGAUGUCUGUCACCGAGAUUCUGGGAAGCAUCACAGAGCUUCUGUUGGCUGGAGUUGACACAACAUCAAACACUAUUUCCUGGGCACUGUAUCACUUGGCACAAGAGCCAGAGAUCCAGCAGAGGUUGCAUGAGGAGGUGCUCAGCGUCUGCCCUGGUGACACGGUGCCCAGCAGUGAUGACAUCAACAGGAUGCCUUUGCUAAAGGCCAUCGUAAGAGAGACUCUGCGUAUGUAUCCAGUUGUGCCAGGUAACGCUCGUGUCGUUGCUGAAAAUGAAAUAGUGGUGGGCGGCCAUCUCUUCCCUAAAAAUACUUUGUUCCACCUCUGCCACUUUGCGGUGUCCUACGAUGAGAAGGUGUUUCCCGAUCCUUAUGCCUUCCUCCCACAGCGAUGGAUUCGGGGACAGAAGCAGUCAAACCAACACCCUUUUGGUUCUGUGCCAUUUGGCUUCGGCAUCCGUGCCUGUCUGGGCCGGAGAGUGGCUGAACUAGAGAUGCAUCUCCUCUUAUCACAGUUAAUUAAAAAAUAUGAGGUGCUCCCAGACCCUACAGGAAAGAUUGUGAAACCGAUCACUCGAACUGUGUUGGUCCCCGCCACAUCUAUUGACCUUCAAUUUAUUGACAGACAACAAAAGUAACCAGUCAAAGUUAGAUAAAUAUGCUACUAGAUAUAGUUGUUCUUUACACACAGCCUAUGCUAAAUAAUGUUUAAAAUGAUAAACUGUACUUAGCUCUGUUUACAGAGGGCUUUUACUAAAUUACAUGGGUUUACUUGUCCAUGACAAUUUACAGUGACAUAAUUAUUUUGUUGUUUGUGAUAAACUAAGACUUGUUUUAUCUGUAAAUGUAAUAAUUUUUACAUUGCAUUGUAUAAAUUGUUUUGUUUUACAAAGAUGCAUUAGCCCAUGUAAGUGUCAAAUAGUCAGACAUAGGUUUUUAAAUCCUGUACAGAUCUUUUUGUGAAUGCAAAUAAUAUUUUUUAAACAUGAUUUGUUUAUUUUUAGAGAAACUAUAUGGUAAUUUUAUAUAAACUAAUGACUAAUAUUCUUCGCAUCGUAUAAAAAAUAUUUAUAUUAACUGGCUACAUGUUUUAACACCUAUCCUUAAAGGCGGAGUUUGCGAUUUCUGAAAAAGCCUUUGGAAAAGAGAGUCAGGUCGAGUACCAAAAAGAUAUCGUUGCCUGGGUUGCGUAUGUGUGGGGCGGGUCUAUCAAAAGAAGGUUCAGAUUCUUUUGAGGUAGGGGCGUGUUUGUUCAGGUGAUUUUAAAUGUCAACAUUGGCUUUCAGAGAUCAUGGACCCUGCCUUUAAAGGUGCAGUGUGUAAUUUUUAGAAGGAUCUCUUGACAGAAAUGCAAAAUAUUCAAAACUAUAUUAUCAGGGGUGUAUAAAGACCUUUUAUAAUGAACCGUUAUGUGUUUAUUACCUUAGAA